AUGGGUUCGAUGGAAGGAUGGCUGGUCGACGCGGUGGGCCUCGCAAAACCCGGAUGGAACACGAGUGACGAUAUCAGCCAACCUUUCGGAUGCACGAUGCACCUGCUGGAGUCUUUUUUCUUCUUCAACACCCCGCCCCAACUACGCAGUACCUAA